AUGCCAACCACAUGUUCAAUCCAAAUCUCCAACUAUCCAAAGGGUAAAGAGUUCAUUGAGAUAUUCAACAUAUUCAGGGAGGGGAUCCUCAAUGUCAAUGGGGAUUUAUGGAGGGACCAGAGGAGAAUGGCUCAAGCACUUAUGAACACGUCAAGGUUUCGGUCCUCUGUUGGCGAGCUCACCUUAAACAAGGUGAUGAAGGUGCUCCUUCCCCUUCUGAGCAAGAUGUCCGAAUCUGAGAAGGUGGUCAAUCUGAGUGACGUGUUCAUGAGAUUCAUAUUUGACACUAUAUGUGUUAUGGUCAUGGGAGUGGAUCCUGGCAACCUUGCUUCCAACUUCCCUAGAGUUCCAUUUGCAAUGGCCUUAGACCAAAUCGAACAGGUAUUCUUCUUUCGACACAUAGUUCCUAGGUUUUGCUGGAUGCUACAAAGGCGGCUAUGGUUGGGUAAAGAGAAGAAGAUGGCACAGGAAAGGGACAUGAUGACAUGA